GAUCAGAACAAGAGAGAGAUUAAAAAAAAAAAUGGAGAAGCAAAUAUUUUGUCAAUUCUUAGUCGUAAUGAUGUUAUUGUCAUCAUCUCAAAUUCAGGGAGAUUUGAGGAAAGGAUGUUAUGAUUUAGGGAUCACAGUUUUGAUGGGUUGUCCAGAUUCUAUUGACAAGAAGCUUCCAGCUCCUCCGACACCAUCCGAAGGUUGUUGCACUCUUGUCCGAACCAUCGGAAUGAAAUGUGUAUGUGAAAUCGUCAACAAGAAAAUCGAAGACACCAUUGAUAUGCAAAAGCUCGUCAAUGUCGCCGCAGCUUGUGGUCGUCCCCUUGCUCCUGGUUCACAAUGCGGAAGUUACCGAGUUCCUGGUGCAUGAUGGGAUCAAUGCGAAUAUGCAAUAACUUAGAUGUCAAUUUCUUUGUUCACAAAAUAAGAGCAUAUAGAUGCAAGAGUAAUAUGAUAACCGUCCUAUUUUCUACAUGAUUGUUGGCGUUGCUUAGUCAAUUAGUCAUUUUUUUUUUGACCGGCAAAUCAAUUAUAUUAAUAUCAUAUUCAAAGUUA